AUGGCCAAAAGCAUACAUCAACGUUUCCGUCUAAACAGCCCCUGGACGCAGAAUUUCAUCAGCGGCAUUGGCGUCGGCUGCUCCGCUGGUCUAUAUGUUGCUCUAAACUUGCUUGGCGCAGGUGGAGGUCGUCCAGACUCCGCACAGGUUGUCCAAGUCGUCAAUGCCACUCUGUGCUCUGUCUGGUUCUUGUCGUCCUCUUUCGGAGGCUCGAUACUGAACAAGCUGGGUCCGGGAAUUACCAUGUGUAUUGGUGUGCAAACAUAUGCUGUCUAUGUUGGAUCGCUGUGGUACUACGAUGAAACAGGCAAAAGAGACUAUCCUUUCGUGUCGGGGCCCAUCAUUGGCAUCGGCGCCGGGUGUGUUUUCAUUACGGCCGGUUAUGUCGCCACUGCAUAUCCAGAAGAGAGCGAAAAGGGCGCCUACGCCACCAUGCUCAUGAACAUGCAGGCUCUUGGCUCUGUGAUUGGGGGCAUCAUACCCGUAAUCAUUAAUCGCGACUCUGACACGACCGCUGGGGUGCCCCGUUCCGUUUACAUUACCUUUAUUGUCAUUAUGGUCAUUGGUGGACUCUUGUGUCUAUCGCUGCAGCGUCCUCACAAGCUCAAGAGGGAUGAUGGUUCUGUUGUGGCUGUCAACCCCCCGAGAGGUGCUUGGGAGGAGUUCAAGGACAACCUGUCCGUGUUCAAGGACCCAAAGCUACUCAUGAUGUUACCGGCUUUCUUUCCGUCAGAGUGCUUUUUGGUCUACAGCGGGGCCGUAAACGCGUAUUUGAACAACUUGAGAGUUCGCUCGCUGUUGAGCUUCAUUGCUGUCGUUCUACAAAUUCCUGCUGGCUACGGUCUGCAAUGGAUUCUGGACCACAAGACUUGGGGCAGAAAGAAGCGCGGGUUGAUUGGCCUCACGGUCGUGUCUGUCCCAAUAAUUGCCGCCUGGGUAUGGGAAAUGAUUCGUGUUCGCGACUUCAAUCGAGCAGAAUCACCAACGACACCCACGGACUGGACAGAACCUAGAUUUGGCGCAAUCUUUAUUCUAUUCAUGCUAACGUGGAUCUCAUGCCAACUCUGGCACAACAUUGUGUAUUACUGGCUUGGUGCUUUGACCAACAAUCCAAGAACGCUCACCCACUACGUCGGCGUGUUUCGCGGCGUGCUCGGUGCCGGAGAAGCAUUAUGCUUUGGGCUCGACUCUAUCCAAAUCCCAUUCCUUGCCGAGGCUGGAGGCGUACUUUUGUUUUACACCAUUGGCAUAUCCGUCUUCUAUUACCUGGGGUUCUAUCAUAUGGCUGAGACAAAUUAUAAUAAAGAUGAAGAGGGAGCUGUCAUUCCAAAUCAUGUCUUAUUAGAGAGAGAGUUUUAG